AUGACCGUGACAGAGAAGACAUCACUAGUGACAGGUGCGAGCGGAUUUAUCGCUAGCCAUGUUGUUCAACAGCUACUCGAAAAGGGCGAACGGGUCCACGCCACCGUUCGCAGUACAAAAAACAAGAAGAAAAUCCAACACCUUCUUGACAUGCAAGAUCGAUGGCCCGGCAAUUUGAAUUUAUACGAAGCAGACUUGCUUGUGGCGGGCUCGUUUGAAGCUCCAAUGCAAGACUGCUCAGUGAUAUAUCAUAUCGCUUCGCCAUUUUUCAUCGAGAACAAAAUCAGGGAUGGUCAAAAAGAGGUCGUUGAGCCCGCUCUUAAGGGGACACAAUAUGUGCUCGACGCAGUCCAAAAAUGCGAGACCGCCAAGCUUGUCAUCUUGACAUCCUCCGUGGCAGCUGUCUUCGGUGACAACGCUGACGUUCUUGAAAUGAAGAACAAAACAUUCUCCGCCGAUUAUUUCAACACAACCAGCUCGGUGACCCACAACUCAUAUCCCUACUCCAAGGUAGUGGCCGAGAAAGCAGCCUGGAAGCUAUAUGAAGAACAGCUAAAUCCCCCUCGCUGGAAGCUGGUCACCAUCAACCUUGGACUUGUUUUGGGGCCAUCAUUAUCUCGAACAUCGGAAUCUGGCAGUCUAUCCCUACUUGAUCAGCUCCUGAGCGGUCAGCCAUUUUUGGAAGUGCCAGAUCUGUGGUUCGGAAUUUCCGAAUUCUCACGGUCGCUAUAUCCUGGCCGACAGCAAAACACACGGCUUUGUGGAGCUAGCUCGCAUCCUCAGAUCGAUUACCCAAUCUUCUCGAAUCCCGAAAAACAAGCUUCCGAGUGCUUUGAUACGCAUGUCCGGGCCAUUCCUUGGCUUUAG